UCGUUCCGUUUGGUGCGAUAGUCCGGAGGAAACUGAUCGCUCGAGUGAGAAACCCGUUUCGGACCGCGAAGAUCUCGCCGAUGUCCUGAUUAAUUCGCAGGCACGACGACGAUGUGCCCUCGAGCGUCGUCGUCGUCAUUAUCGUCAUCGUCGUCGUCGUCUCGAUUACACAGCGUGGUAUCAUCGUCGUCGAAAUUUAUUCUUAGCGCAAGUCGCACACAAUGGAACAGCUGUAGCAGCGCAAGGAUAGCCGCUGCCGCCGCCGCCGCAGCAGCAGCAGCCUCGGUGGUGGUGACGACGGUCGGUGGUGAUUGGUGCUGAUGGUGGCGACAACGGUGAAGGAAGAAAGGUUAAUCCCGCGGUCUCGUCUCUCUCGUGCGAGCGCAGCUGUUCGCGUAACGCGCUCAACAGCGAAAACGAAUCGUCGUCGUUUGCGUCUCGUCGUCACACGCGACGUCUCGUCGCCGAGUCGUCGGCGUAAUAAUUUUUUCUUCGCGCGAGGAUCCUCCGCCACUGGCGCGUGUUGUCUGACACGCAGCAACUUGGCAAGCAACAAAACCGUCGUCGUCAGUCAUGGACAACGUGGCGCACAGCCCGGGCGGGCUCGAGAGGUUGGCGACGCUCCUGGGCGCACCGGAAGCCGCGCUGCGCCUCCUGCUUUCGAUUCUGUUGGGAUUUCCCGUCGCUCUUCUGCACAGAUACACGCUCUACGGCAAGGACCCGACGCGUCAGCACCUAUUUUUCAUAGCGUGCGGUCUCUUGAUCGGUUAUUGGAAUUAUGACUGGAAUAUACUUCACUUGUCGACAGCGGUGUGCGGGACGUAUCUGAUUCUAACAAUUCUCGGUAAUAACGGGCUGUCCGUUAUCGUCACGUUUCUGUUCAACAUGUCGUAUCUGCUUUACGGCUAUUACACCACAAGCACUCAGGAUUACGACAUCAAGUGGACAAUGCCGCAAUGUGUGCUCACUCUUAGGUUAAUAGGACUUGGGUUUAACGUAUGGGACGGUCAAAAACGUGACGAGAAGCUGUCCGAUACACAGAAACAAGUGGCCUUGAAGGAACGCCCGUCGCUGCUGGAAAUCGCGGCUUACGCCUACUUCCCGGGCGCGUUCUUGAUCGGGCCGCAGUUCAGUAUGCGACGAUAUCUGAACUACGUUAAUGGUCAGCUUGCUGAACGCGAUCCUGUAACCGGCGCCGUCAAACUACCGGAUUGCGUGUCCGCGGGAUUGAUGCGAGCGCUCGUUGGAUUUGUAUACGUGGCGGUGUUUCAAAUCGGCACCCUUUGCAUUUCCGAUCAGUAUUUCUUCGAACCGUCGUUCCAGAAUCUUAAUCUGAUCCAAAAGUGCCUGCUGAUCGGCAUCUGGGGCAGGAUCAAUCUUUAUAAAUACAUCAGCGUCUGGCUGAUCACAGAAGGGGUGUGCAUCACCUUCGGUCUGACGCACAACGGAAAGGAUUCCGCGGGCCGUAUCAAAUGGGACGGUUGCGCGAACGUGAAACUGCGAACGUUCGAGGGCACCACGCAGUUCAAUCACUACAUCAUGUCGUUUAACAUAAACACCAAUCACUGGUGCGCGGAGUACAUCUACAAGAGAUUGAAAUUUCUGGGCUCGAAGAUAUACAGCCAAGUGAUAACGUUGCUCUUUCUUGCCGUCUGGCACGGUCUGCAUUCCGGAUAUUAUCACUGCUUCUUCAUGGAAUUUCUCGUGAUGUACUUUGAACGAGAUAUCGCACCGGCGUUGCAGAACAGCGAGAAGGUGCAAACGCUUAUGAAAACGCGAUGGGAAGCGCGUUUGCUCUCGUGGAUAUUUCUCAAGCUCUACACUCUCGUUUUCAUGGGGUAUUCCCUCGUGUCUUUCAUAUACCUCUCGUAUCCGCGAUACAGUCAGGUUUACGCCAGUGUGUAUUACUGCGGACACGUGUUCUUCCUUUCCUAUCCUUUGCUCGCGCCUUACAUUAAACGAUGGCUGAUUGGCCAGAGACACGAGCGUCAGCGAUCGCAUCAGGAAUAAAGAUGCUAUCUCGCUUAAACGCCUCCGUGGUAUUAUUGAGGCGUUGACCUCCAGAAGAAUCAAUAUCCGAGAAGACGUACAGCUGUUUAGCGGACGGAUACGGCUCGGGUGCGCACUCCAGUCACCGUCGCUAAUUUUUGUUCGUUUUUUUUUUUUUUUCAAGCGUUUCAAGAAUUAAAAUGUGAUACGUUUUUCCGAGAGAUGCGAAAUAUACAUGACAAUGCGGCGGCGACAAUUGUUGUAUUGUAUUAUAUACGUCAUCGUUGUUGCGCGUUUCGCGAUGUGUUUCGCGGGAUUCCCAUCCCUCCCCCAUCCCCUCCCCCCUCACCCGUUUGAAGAAUAUCGCGAAACUCGCACACAAUCGUCUUUUUUUACACGUUGAAAAACACUUAUAUUUUACUCUUGACUAAUCUCUAUUGCUCACAAACGGAAUGAUGACGGUAGUGACGAAACAUCCUCCGUAGACACUGGUAGAGACAUAACGCCGCGUGCCGUAAGGACAUUUCACUUUAAAAUUAACCGUUGUGUAAUAGAAAAGAGUUCGCCGGUCCGGGAGUUUUGCGUGCCUAUAUAUUAUAUACAUAUACAUUCGGAAGUUUCUUUUUACAUUUACGAUAAUCUCUUCUUCUAACGAACAGACGAACGUCUUCUGAAAGAAACGCCAAGGAGCAAUAUUCCGAAUAUUUCGCGUUCAAACAUUCUCGCGGAACAGCAACAUGUGCAAUUGUUCGUAUCCCCGAAUCUCGUAUUCUCCUGACAAGAGUCGCUUCUUCUCCGAAAGAAGAAGGGGCCUUGAGAGAGUGUGUGCAUUCAAUCAAGCGUUGCCGAAACUUUCGGCGGAAACUCUGGCACGGGCGUAGUUCAGUUCAAUUGUUUUGAGUGUUUCUUGUGUGUUCUUGUCGUUUCAUCAUCCGUCAAAAAACUUGCCGUUUAAAAACACCAAACAGUGAUAAAACAAGAAAAAAAACAAAAAAAAAACAAAAAAGGGAAAACAAAAAAACGUACGAUAGAAAGGUUACGAUUUGCGAAAUAAAAAAAAUUAUACAGCGUUUCAAUUAAUGUGUAAUUCCGAGAGAAGCACCUCCCGAUGAAGGGGGAGGGGGAAAUGUGAUUACGCAUUCUUAGAUUAUUGCAAUAAGAGAGAAUGGCGAACGUCCACUCGCGAGAAUAAGUUCAGGGAAAUUGCAUUCGCUGCGGAAGAAACUACCUGUAGUAAAAAAAAAAAAGAAAGAUUAUAUAUAAUUAUGUAACACACAAUAUUUACCGUGAUUUUGUAAGAGUGCGAAGAUGUAGCUAGCGGAAAACAAUUAUAUACCUUUUUGAUCAUUCAAGUUCGCGCACGUACUUCCCGUUUGCAAAUAUAUACAUAUAUAUACAUAUAUAACAUACUAUAUAUACUAUAUAUAUACUAUAUAUACUAUAUAUAUAUAUAUAUUAUAUAUAUAUGAAAUAUCUAUAUUUUCAUCACACACACGUAGCGCCGCAUUCUUGUCAAUCUGAUGAUAAAUCACAUCACCGUGCUAUAUAUAUAUUUCUCUAGAAAACUGUGAAUAUAUAUACGACGAGAACUUUACCGAACUUAUUGCUAGUCGGAUAUUUACCUCGUAUUGUACGCGCACGCUCUAAUUAGUAUAUUACCGGCAUUAUUAUGUAUACAUAGCAUAUUAAAAUAAAUUUAAAACGCGAGAAAAACGCGAUCUACGGUGAUCUUGAGCGCGUUAUAUUUCGCAGUUAUUUUUGUAGAUGAAAAAGAAAAACAACAAAAAUCUCUUACAACGAUCUACCUAUCAUUGUUGCGGCAGUUCUUAUAUAUAUUACGCACACACACACACACACACACACACAGAGUCCUUGUAUCAUCGAAAUUAACAAGAAGAACACAUAGUCGACACACACACAUAGUUCGGACACGAACUUGCACUCACGUGCCGACGUGCUUGGUGACGUACCUUGCGAUCGUGCUCGCAACAGAUCUCUGUCGUUCGUGCUUAAUCGGACGAUCGGGUCGGACCGACGACAAAUAAAUUUGUAGUACUUCGCCUAAACGUGACACUUUAAUAAUUCAUCGAUCGACCAGGUACGACCGGUGCUCUCGGACACGUUUUUCCGACGUAUAGUCGCGCGUAGAAGUUUUACGAAGUUUCAGGUACUUGAAGAAAUAGAAAGUAUAUACACACUGGCACGUGAGAGAGAGAGAAAGAGAGAGAGAGAGAGAGAGAGAGAGAGAGUAACAGGAUUUGUAUAUUAUAUACCUUUGCCUUUUAUCAAGAUUGAAGCUAUAGAAAUGAUCUGUAAUGAACUUUCUUAAAGCGAUAUUGUAGUUCGUAAGCGCGGAUGUUGACGGUAUUUAGAAAUAUUUCAUUUUCGUACUUAACGCUCUAAAAAAAUAUACGAGAUAUAGGUAUGUAUAUCAAGAGAAAGAGAGGGUUCGCACGCGCUCUUUUGCGACACUUACGAGUUAUGUAUUUUAUCUAGGAAUGUAACGCGUUCCAAAAUGUCUUCGAGAUAUAUCGAGCGUAUUGUUAUAAACUAGUGUAAAAUCUUAAAAACGGAAUCUCGACAAGAGAAACGUAAACGCGAGCAAUAUAUAGGCGAAUUUUCUUUUCUCGAGUGAUAUCUCCGAGUUAUCUGAGAUAAGACUGUAGGAAGGUAGAGGCGUUGACCCACAUAGAAAGACGAACAACAACAAGAAUAUAAUAAGUAGUUAUAUACAGCGUAGCGUUUGCGAGUGCAAAUUAAAAAAAAAAAAAAAAAAAAAAAAAAAAAAAA